UAAAGGUCGUAAAGGUUGAGAACGGCGGAAAAUGUGUCCUAACGUGCAGCUGUGUGGAAGGGUUCAAUAUGUAGUCAGAAGGGUCAGAAGCGUCAGAAGUAAUGUGAAGAAACAUGGGGCCGGGAGUCAGUCUGUUUCGUGCCCAAUAUAACACAUGUUAUCGGUCCCAGUGACUAGUGUGCAGUUUCAAAGGCAUAAAAUGUAGGACUGUUCUGAGAAUGACAUAUUUUCCUAAAAUAAACCAGUGUUACGUCGAGUCAACCAGCUCACGUAUUUAUUCACAUGCCAAAGCGAAUAGAUAUGUUUCAAUGCAGAGUGAAAGCGUCUGUGCGGUGGUCAUUUGCCGUUCCAUUUCUUUUGUAUGUAAGCUUAUUUGGUAUGACAUGGAUGUUGUCUUUGCCACUUAAAUCUUUGCCACAACAGACUAUUACAAUUUAUGACCGAAAAGCAGUAGCAGAAUUACCCAACCAUUUAGGUGGAGUUAGAUUAGAAAGAGGUGUCGACAUUAACAAAAGGUUUCGCAAAGAAGUGAUUAUUGGAGAUGUGAAAGAAGGACCACAGUUUGAAGAUCCGAGAGCUCUCCUGGAAAACAUUUUUAAUAGUGCUGACAUCAGUGGAGAUGGACUCCUCAGUUUGCAAGAGUUGUCAGACUGGAUUAAUGAGAAGAUUCAGGAACAUAUCAAUGAAGCGCUGAAGGAAAACUUUGGGCUCUUUGUUUCCAUUGACAAUAAGCCGAGGAAUGGAAUGGUAUCAUGGGAAGAAUAUCACACUUACUUUCUCCAGCAGAAAGGAUUUAGCAGAGAGUAUGCAGAGAACCAUGACAAGAAGCACAGAGGGUUAAAUAGGUCUAUGAAAGAGGCAAUCAUGCGGGACCGAGCAUCAUGGUCAGAAGCAGCCCACAGUGACCCUGAUCAUCUCACACUGGAUGAAUUCCUUGCUUUCCGACACCCAGAAUCAAGUCAUGCGACAAUUUUAACUCUUGUUGAUGAACUGUUUGAUAAGUUUGAUCGAGAUGGGGAUGAGAUUCUAACAGAAGAUGAGUUUUCUAGUUUGCAAACUGAAGGAGAUGGUGAGAAGGAUGGUGAGACACUCACUCAGGGAGAAAAUGAGAGACGUCGGGAGUUCCGAGAUAUCAUAGACAAAAACCAUGAUGGGAAAGCAGAUAGAAAAGAGUUACUGAUGUACAUCGAUCCGAAAAAUCCACGUCAUGCACGCGAAGAAGCUGAAACAUUACUGAUGCUGUCGGACACCAAUCAUGAUGGCAGUCUCUCUCUGCAAGAAAUAUUUAACAAGAUGGAUCUCUUCCUUGGAAGCAAAAUGGUGGAUACAGCUCGCAGUUUCCAUGAUGAAUUCUGAACUUAGAUGGCAUCAGUAUCCAGGGUGAUAACUUGGUACAGUAAGUUAUUUUUGUGACUGUGGAGUAUGAAAUUUAGCCAUUGAAGGGAAUACUAACGGCAGAAUGAUUGUUUCACAUGUAUCAUUAGUAAUUGAUUGAGAGUCUUUGUUAAUUUUACUGUUGGAUAAAUAAGUAGUAAGGAAAUGUUAGCUCACCUAGCAGACUGCACAGUAUUGUAACCAGAAGGUCACAAUAUGAAUUAACCCUUUAUAUAUAAAUAUAUAAAUGAGGCAGUCUCUCUAGCACCAGUGAAUGGGUAAAUAUGAACCAAGCUGAAACUCAGUUAUUCAGACUCUUAGAGGCACAGAGUACUGUUGGAAGUGUUCUCAAAAUGCUUCUGAUCUUAUGCAUUCGCUUUGGUUGUUUCAUUCUGCAGCUUCGCCUUGUAUGUUUGAUGUCAGGGAGCCACCAAACCAUUAUAUUGUAUUUCUUGUCUAAGGUAGUUCCAAGACAGUUCCUUAAAGUAAAUUUUUGCCAUUUUCUUUAUCCUUUCCAAACUGCAUUCACAGUUACCCCAGUUUUUCUUUCCAACCCCACCCACCUUUUUAUUUCUUAUUGAAUUUGUUCAGUUAAAUAAAUUAGAACAGAUGUAAAUGCAACAUCAGAAAGUUAAGACUGUGAUUGUUUGGAAAGUUCUAAGGAAGUGGGCAUUCAAGCAAUAGUUGGAAUCAGCAGCUUGCACUUUUGUGUACUGUAUUGGAGUAUUGGCUCUGUCGAUAAUGAUUCCUUCAAAGCAUUGAAAGCUGUUUCAGUUUUCUCGUUCCAAAUGUAUGGCGUGUUCUUUUUCAAAAGCCCUGUGAGGGGUUUGGCAAUUUUACUAAAAUUUGGUAUGAAUCUUCUGUAGUAUCCUGCUACGCCCAGCUAUCCUUUUAAGUUUUUGAGUGGUUGUUGGGGUCGGAAAGUUUUUGACUACUUCUUCCUUCCUCUCAUCUGGCUUUACUCCUUCACUCGUGAUGAUGUGUCCUAUAUAUGAUACUUCUUUUCUUAAAAAUUCGCGCUUAUUGGGUUGCAGUUUCAGAUUGUGCUCUCUCAUCCUCUCCAGGACGUCUUUCAAUUUACUAUUAUGGAUUUGUAAGGACUCUUCAAAAACUACAAUGUCAUCUAGGUAAACUAGGCAUUUUAUACCUUGGAUUCCAGUAAGAACGGAAUUCAUUAUUCUUUGAAACCAAAAGACAUUCUUUUGUAUUCGUAGUGACCUUGAGGGGUGCUAAACGCGGUUUUAGCUUAGUCUUUCUGUUUUACGGGUACUUGUAAAAACCCACUUGCACAAUCAAUUGUUGAAAAAUAUCUCUAAUUUCCUAGGGCUUCGAUUACUUCUGAAAUGACUGGUAUAAGGAAGCUAUCACCAAUCAUGACGUCAUUAAGUUUUCUAAAAUCUGCUACGAUUCUCCAUUUCUUUUUACCCGAGGUAUCUGCCUUCUUAGGUAUGACCAAAAUUGGUGAAUUCCAUGGGCUAUUAGUAGGGGCGAUAAUGCCAUCUUGCAGCAUUUGUUGAGUUUGUCUUUGUACUUCUUCCUUAUGAACUUCUGGAAUCCUAUAUGACCUUGUGUUUAUAGCCUGGUUCAGAUUUAUCGCGGGAGUAGGGAUGGCGUGCUCGGCAGCGGUGGUAAAAAUUAGUUUAUCUCCAGGUAAGUGAAAUACAUCAUUGUACUCUUUGCAAAUUUUGAAAAGGUAUACUCUCUCUUCACUGUUCAAGUGAUCGGUUCUCAGUUCAUUCCGUAAUGUAGCUAGGCGAUCAUUGUCUUCUGCUAACUGGGAAGUAAAUAUCAUUACUGUCUUCUCACACUCACAACUAAAGGGGGUUCAAUUAUAACAUCUAUCUCUAAUGAAUUUAUUAUGCUUGUCACGCAGGUCCCAUUGAUUUCAGUACUCAACGACUCUGCUAGAUAUACACCGGGUAUUAAUUCUUUCUUUGAGAUUAAACCUUGUCCCUUUGAUGGGGUGGGCAGUCUCACUAAAUUUUCUGUUCUAGCCUUCAAUGUAAUUUUAGUCUGUCCUUGCCCCUUAUAUUAGGGUCAAACUCGACUGCUACAUUGUCCAUAGUAAUCCUUCUGUCACAGUAGCUUAUGUUAGCUCCCUUAUCUAUCCAAAAGUCACGACCUAAAAUUCCGUCGUAUUGCCAUUGAAAAUUGUUAUUCAUAACAUGGAACAUAUGCGUGGUUUCAUACGGUCCCGCGAAUAGCCUUAACCCUUUGGCGCGGUGAUUUAAAUUCCGCUGCCGUGUCUCUCCGGCGGUAAUAUUUUCAGCCGGCCAUUUAAAUUUUGCUCGUAAAUGAUUUAUUUGUCAUUAUUCUUAAAUUAAAUGAGAUAGUAACAUGAAUCUUUCACUAAAAUAAUCUUAAAAUGUGGUUUUAUAAUCUUACCUUAUAAUGUGAGCGCCCUGUAUCUCGGCGAUGGAAGCAGCUGGUUUAGAAGUGUAGUAGUGUAUGAUACGCCUUGAAGCAUUCUUCUAAACACAACGCUGCCUCGCAUUCUCCACACCAAUACUGCGUAUCUUUUCUCUGGCCCUUUUUUCCGCAAACCACACACCUUCUGUGCGGUCUUGCCUUCUUCCCCGUGGGGGGAAUUCGCUCAAGGAAAUGUCUUUCCGUGAGUCGUUUAGGCGGCGGAAGAACUGACGGACGGCCGUGUACAGGACGACGUACCCCAGAACUGUGCUUUUCCACGAGACCUUGAACUAGGGAAAGUCUGAACUGUAGAGUGUCCAGGUUUUGUUUGUUUGUGUGGGACCGAUAGAUUACCAUACUGUUGUGGAUUGCUACAUUGAGUAACCGCCUGAACAAUUUUAGGUACCACUUGGUACCCUUCUUUCGUUCAAGCAGGUACGGUUGUAGCAUCUGGUCUUUCAGAUCCACCCCGAGCAUGUUUUUGUUGUAAUCGCAAACAACCACAGGCUUUAUUUCUGUCUUGUUUGCACGAUUAACAACCACACGCAUAUCGUUUUUAUGGUAUGUGGAUAUCAUGGUCACCCUUUUUUUGUCUUGCCACGCAAGAACUGCCACGUCUCCUGAGUGUUGAGCACAGUGUUCACCUUUUUUCAAUUUCUUAUCUUUCACUAAGGGAGGGACAUUUUUCCUGUUGGGACGUAAGGUUCCAACACAGUCUGUAUUUUUAGACUUCAAGAAACGAGCCAAAUCAGGGGAGUUAUAAAAAUUAUCCAUCCACACUGUGUGUCCGCGACCCAGAAGAUUUUCUAACAGUGUUAUUACAAUUGCUGUAGUUUUGUUUGUCUCUGCAGUCACAUACUGAUUUGUUAGUUCCAUUCCUUGUCCAGUAUAGACAAGAAAGGACCAAACAUAACCAGAACUAGACUCGCAGAGUUCAAACGUUUUGAUACCAAAUUUCGCAGCCUUGAGUGGCAAGUACUGCUUGAAAGACAGACGA